AUGGCCAUUUCUCACGCCUUCGAAAAGGACACAGCGGACGUCUCACCCAGUGGGGACCACUGUGCGCAUCACAGACUUUUUGAAGCAUAUCCCCGUACGCAGGCAAACUGCACUGAAGAGUGCAACAAAGACCUUGAUAAGGAUCAAAAGGCUUCUACAGCCAAGAACGAAAACAACAAUUGGUCAUAUGCACCAAGCGCGGAUUCUUCACUCCAGGAUGCAGCCCUCAAAGUAGCUGGCACUGAACUUUCCUCUUCCUGUGUCUUGAGGCGGCUUUCUUCUCGGCCUGCCGAUGAGACUGGAAUAGCAGAAUCGCCGCAGCAGAGCGUAUGUGAAGUCGUAGCCUUUCUUCCCGAUAUAAACCCUGGUGAGCAAUUUUGCCAUUCUUUUGCUGUGAAAUCUCUAAUUGCGGCAGAUAUUCCUAAAAUCAACAAUACUGGUCAGUUCAUCAGUGUGGAUGGUCGGCCUCUUUCAAACAGCAGGGGCAUUGGCCAAGAAAUUGCCAAAAUCUUCAAAUCCUACAUUCGUUCCGCCCUACUCAAGACCGAGCCUUCAAAGCAAGUCAGUGAUCCCUUCCUAGGACUGCAAAUUCUGUGUCCUCGUGGAAUAUACGAUGUGAACAUCGAGCCAGCUAAGGACGAUGUCAUGUUCGAAGACCGGGAAUUGAUUUUGGCCUUGGUGGCUGGGUUAUUCCGACAGCACUAUGGAGAGCUGAAAAGUGGGGAGAAGGCCGGUAUCAAGCAGAUCAAGGAUAGUUCCUCCAAAGGAUCCCCUAUCUCCAAUGGAUUCGAUGUUCUCAUGGCGAGGAAACCGACUUCAGAAGUUCACCCAAAUUUUUCGCACCCAGACAAUUCAUCCAUUGCUAGUAUCGCAAAUGCCAGGCCUUCGGAAAAUCAGUCUCGUGUUAGAAAAGGCAGCCAGCUGGCCAAAAACUGUGACAGUGAACCUGAUGGCUCAGUCAACAAUGGAGCAAGAAAACCUAGAAUUGCCAACCCAGACUCAGUUUCAAGAGUCAACGCUUCCUUUCAAACACCAAGGCGCGACCAGGACCCUUUUACCAGCCCGAGCUCUGGUAAUCAGUCGACCGACAGCAUUCAAAGGUCAACGGGAAGGCAGAACGGACCAGAAGAUUUCCAGUGUUCGCCAGUCACCUCAGAUUUACCGAGCCCCCCUAUCUCUCGAAUUUCCUCUAGGUCGCCGGUCAGAAUCCGUCAACCCCAUGCCCGUGCAUUGCUGAGCUCCUCCCCGGAAUUUGAUCGCGCGUCAAGUUUCCGCCGGGCAGAACGAGAGCGUGAUCGUGAGCGAUACGGCAACGGAGCCAUCGACACGUGGUUCCAGAGAAUCACCCAAGAUUCUCUAGAGAGAGCCGCAGAAGAGGCAGCGCCUUUGCAAGAUCCUACAGAGUUGCCGCUAUCUUCACUCGCAGAACAAAGGUUUGGAUCCAAAGCUUUACGAGAUGAUGAAAGUGAGAGUGAACAAGAUGACGCUCGCUUGGAACCUUCUUCCGGAGAAUCACCCACUCUCCAGUUUGACCAAAGCACGCUCAUAUCGCCCGAUGGACAAGAUGAUCCCGCUUGUGCCUCAAUGGACAGCGGCCGAGGGUUUCCCGUCCUCGAAAGAUGGGCUGCCCAGCUUCACGGGGAUGGCGCUUAUCCGGGACCAAUUGAUCUGGAGAAAGCAAUGGAUUUCGAAAAACGCAAGAAAGAAGCGAAUCAAAACAAACGUCUCCAAAACAAAAAUCGUGAAACGAUCCCAGCUUCACAGCAAGCGCCAGUGCCACCAUCCUCUCAAAACAGUCGGUACCUUGCCGCCAAAGCCGCGUUGACCUCAUCACAUACCUCAAUCGGAGGGCCUGUCUCUGCCACAAAGCUUUCUCCCAAUGACCCGCGAGCUUAUCUUAUGCGCCAGCAAGAAGUCUCCGCCGCAAAAGAAGCCCCGGAGAAUGACACCAGCGCCCGAAGGCUACUGACCAGCCGACUACCCUUUGAACGGAUACCCGAUGGCAUUAAACUGUACAACCUGGGUGUUUCAUGCUGUGUUGCUCGGUCUCCCGAGUCUGAUCCUCUCAAAAAGGGCUCACCUGAAGACGAGUACACUCGAACUGGCGAAGAGGCCAUUGCUUUCUCACCAUCCGAGGUGAAGGAUUGCUUGCCGCUCUGGAAUACACGUUUAGAGCAGAUCAUGAAGGAGAAAUAUCAAUCAAAAGAUGAUUUGCGACUAACAUGCGAUAAGAUCGAUCUAUCUUCGGCGAUUGCUCAACAUCUGAACUCCUUUGAUACCGAUUGA